GUCAUCCGGUCCCAGAGCAGCACCCAGCCCAGUGGUGAGCUUGCUUCAGAGCGGGAUAAAAAGAAGCGGAAAGAGGAAACCAAAAGCAAAACCCCAGCCCAGGAGAAACCCCAAGAGGCCAAAGCGGAGGCUAAAAGCGAGGAGAUGCCGGAGAAGAAGCGGGAGAAACCCAAAUCCCUGCGGACCACAGCACCCAGCCACGCCAAGUUCCGCUCCACAGGGCUGGAAAUGGAGACACCUUCGUUAGUGCCCUUGAAGAAGAUGAACUCUGCUUCCAGCGCCGAGAAGUACAACCUGAAGCCGAUGCCCAUCAAGAGGCAAAACCUCUCCUCCGUGGCCGGUGACGUUCCUCCUGCCGAGAAGAAGUACAAGCCNCUGAACACGGCUCCCAACGCCACCAAGGAGAGCAAAGUGAAGAUCAUCCCGCCCCAGCCCAUGGAGGGUCUUGGCUUCCUGGACGCCCUCAACUCCGCUCCCAUCCCUGGCAUCAAGAUCAAGAAGAAGAAGAAGGUUUUAUCCCCCACCGCGGCCAAGGCGAGUGGCGAUGCCAAAAGCUUGGAAAACCCUCUGGAAAGCGGGCAGCUGACGAAGAAAGGCCGCAAGAAGAAGACAGUGAGUUGGCCAGAGGAGGGAAAACUCCGGGAAUACUUCUACUUUGAGCUGGAUGAGACGGAGCGAG